GUCUGAAGGCUUGAACUAUUCGCUCCGGUAAAGACUUUGAACACUUUUGUCAUCCAACGACAACCAGUGUCCGGGCUUCACAAUGCUGCUGUUCUUCGUCGCUGUCACUGCCUCUGUCUUUCUAGGGGUGUCUUCACAGAUGUAUUCAGCAUGCAUGUCGCAAAUUACCUGUGCCGAAGGCUUCACCUGUAUGUAUGUACGAUCUCCACAAAGCUUCUACAUGCGUCCCGCCUGCGUCCAGAUGGACGCUGACUGUCAGACGCUUGGCGGGUACGAUUUGACCGACGUGGGCAACGUCAAGCGACAGAUCGGAGGUCAGAUGGGGUGGAUGCAGGCUGAAGGAGAGUGCAACAGCGACAGCAUCUGUACCUACAUGUACAACUUGGGUGGUGGAUUCUAUGGCGGAAGCUUCGGUGGAGGCAUGGGCGGCGGCGGAAUUAGCGGAGGAGGCAUGGGCGGAGGACUGGAGGGUGGCAUGGGAGGAGGUUUCGGAGGAACAGGGGGAAUUGCAGGAGGCAUGGAAGGAGGCAUUGCACGUGACCAUCCUUACAAGUGCUGUCGGAUGCGCUCGUAUUCCGGGAACCUGGUGACGCGCUGCGUGCAGAAGCCGCACUACUUCAUACAGUACGCCAUGGGCUGACCUGUGACCCGUGUGUGAGCUGGUCCUGCAGGCGCAAGAAAGGGUAUCCAUGUCAAGCUGCUGCUAUGUUUGGCAAAAUGUACGCAGUGGUCAAAAGACAACAAUAAAUGAGUAACUGAAAA